CUAAAAAAAGAAAGAAAAAAAAAAAGAGGAAAAACCCUCGAGUCCAUCGUGAGGUAAUAUAGCCGAAAGAAAAAGGUGAAAUGUUCUCUCUCACCUUCAAAACAACAAAACCUCUCUCUCUCUAGAAAAUAAACCAACAAAUAAACAACCCUUGUGGGUUUCUUCUCCUUCUUCAAAGAAAUGGAGUCUCUAGACACGGCUGCUGGUUUCAUGGUUGAUGACCUUUUAGACUUCGGUUUUGAUAUAGGAGAGGAAGAUGAUGACGAAGAACACCAGAGCAACAACAAAAAACCCAGAAAGGGACUUCCUUCCCUUAACCCCAAUGCCCUUGCCUCAACUUCUUUCAACGUUUUGGAACAUGCUUUGUUACCUGAAUUUGCAGAGGAAGAACUGGAAUGGUUAUCAAAUAAAGAUGCUUUCCCAGCAGUGGAAACCUGCUUCGGCAUUGUCUCCGAGGAGCCAGACAGCAUUCCCAAGCACCACAGCCCAGUCUCCGUUCUUGAAAACAGUACCACUAGCAGCACUAGCAUCAGUGGGAAUAGCAGUAAUAGUAGCAUUAUUAUGAGUUACUGUAGCCUUCGCGUGCCUGUCAAGGCUCGCAGCAAGCGUCGCCACAGGCGCCCUCGAGAAAUCCGAGAGCAAGAGCGCUGGUGGAGUCGGGAAAAUUCUACAAGGAGAAAACCAGCUGUGUCUGUAGCAAAAAUGGGGAGAAAAUGUCAGCAUUGUGGUGUUGAAAAGACCCCUCAAUGGCGGGCAGGUCCAGAUGGGCCUAAAACGUUGUGUAAUGCUUGCGGGGUGCGAUACAAGUCUGGUAGGUUGGUGCCUGAGUAUCGGCCUGCGAAUAGCCCGACAUUCUCCAGCAAAUUGCACUCGAAUUCACAUCGGAAGGUUUUGGAGAUGAGGAGGCAGAAGCAGAUGACGGGGUCACUUGUUGUGAAGCCAAUGGAUAAAGGGUAGGGUGGUGGUUAUUAGUACCUUUUUUUUUUUUCCCUUUUCUUCUUCUUUUUUGGAGUCAUUUUACUACUAGCAUAGUUAGGGAGUAGGGGAUUUGAUGUAAUGGGAUAGGUGAUUAGUGAUGAUGCUUUGUUUUGAAGGAAAUUUACUAGGGGAAUUUUGACUUUUAGUGUGCUUGGUUGUGUUUUAGAAAUAGAAGGCAAGGUAGUGCUAUAUUUGGUUUCUCUCGUAUCUUAAUUCUUUGUUCCAUUGCUUGGAUAGGAGAUGAUGAGACUUGGGGUUAAUUCGGUGUGCUGGGUGGGUUUUGGUUAUAAUUUUUGGUUGAGGUUGUGCUUGAUCACUUUGAACUAACUAAUUUCUGAUGGACGAGGGCAAUUUUAUGAGCUGUUACACAAUCCAAA